AUGGACAAGGGGGAUAUGGCAGGUUCUGCCGCGAACAAUUCUAGUGAUUUUGUAAGUUCCUCAUGGUCUAGAUCUUCUCUCUUCACGGCGCCACAUCUAAUCAUCACACGAAGGAUGUUGGAGGACCCCUCGUACGAUGCCAUUGUCCGUUGGGGAGAAGGGGGCGAGAGCUUUGUGGUACUUGAGAACGAAAAGUUUACCAAGUCUAUCCUCCCAAAGCAUUUUAAGCACAGCAACUUUGCGAGUUUCGUCCGACAAUUAAACAAGUAUGACUUCCACAAGGUCAGACAGAACAACGAAGAUAACGCGCCGUCGCAGUAUGGGCCUAAUGCCUGGGAAUUCAAGCACCCCGAGUUUCAAGCGAACAAGAAAGACUCGUUGGAUAAUAUCAGACGAAAAGCCCCCGCCCCAAGGAAACCUGCCCAAGCCAUAGAUGAUCAAUACCCAGCCCAGCAAAUAGAUCUUAUCAAUAGCCAACUAAUGGCAACUCAACAACAGCUUCAACACCUAUCCGAGAGGUACCAAGAUUUGGCUCAAGGUCACGUCGUCUUACUUCAACAAGUUGUACAAUUACAAAAGUUCGUCAAGAAUCAUGAUGGGGUUAUGCAUAGAGUGAUGGGGUUCUUGCACAGUGUCGACGCGCAAAGGCGCAACAGCCGGAUCGAAGGGCCUUUUGGGAACAAUGCUGCGCCUGGGAUAGGGUCUAGAGAACCGUUGUCAAACGAUGGCCCGGUAGAUGACCAUCCUGCCUCUCCGCUGCAACAGGCGUCUGAACUUCUCGGUGAAAUUUCUGUUGAUAGCCUCCAGAAUAAGGAGCUCGAGCAGUUGUCGGCGGAUUUGCAAUUCCGCAAUGACUAUUCUACGCCUCCAAAUGAUCACAGUGCCACCAUGGCUCCACCAUCUGAAACAUCAAGCACACAUAUUGGGUACUCAGCAGGCAAUGACCUAGAUAGUAUGGUCUAUCCUGUUGGCCAUACAAAUGGCAUCGACCCGAUAAAUAGCGAGCAUAUCAACAAUAUUCCUUACGCACUACCUCCUCAUGGCAUGAUACCUGUUAAUCCAAUGCCAGAAAUGGUGCCCGAGGGAAAUGCAAAUCUUGGCCGAAAGAAGGGUCUUAUGGAACCUAUAUGGGGAAUGAACAAGCCCAGAGUUCUACUUGUGGAGGACGAUAAGAUGUGUGCAAAAAUUGGUUCCAAAUUUUUGCAAGCUUUUGAAUGCGGGGUAGAGACUGCUCGUGAUGGUCUCGAAGCCGUAAACAAGAUUAACAAUGGUGCGGGCCAAUAUGAUCUCAUCCUCAUGGAUAUUAUUAUGCCCAACCUGGACGGUGUCUCUGCAACCGUCUGUAUACGAGAAUUCCGGCCAGAUAUUCCAAUUGUAGCAAUGACAUCCAACAUAAGAACCGACGAUAUUGAUAUGUACUUCCGAUACGGAAUGAAUGAUGUGUUACCCAAGCCUUUCACCAAAGAGGGCAUGCUAAAAUCACUUCAGAAGCAUCUAGCAUCCUUCUUGAAAGGCGCUCAGUUCCCUAAUUCAGCGCCAAUGCCACACCCAGGUGGAUUCGCACCACAGAACGCCCCUCAUCCUCCUCUGGGUUUGAACAUGGCCCAAUUAUCCGCAGGGCAGUCUUUGAAAGAUGAGACGUCCCCGGGAAAGUCACCAGCCACAGCAGGAUCUUGGCACUCGCCGAACCAAAUACCAGGCCAUUCGCCUGUAGGACACCCGCCUGGUUACAUGCAGGCGCCUAUGAGAGAUAAUCCCUAUCCCAUGACCCCCACACAUCCACAUCCGCAACAUGGGUACCAACUUCCACCAAACCAAAUUGGACAGCCGAGAGGAACUCCACAGCAUCGGAGGGUCAUGUCGGAUAUGAGCGGUGGUCCUUCGGAGGAGCAUCCAGAUGUGAAGCGACAGAGGAUGUUCCCUCCUCCACCUCCAGGCAGCCAAGGGGGGUUCCAACAGUAG